ACACCUGCGGUGACUUGCUGGUGACUCUACAGUCCCUGAGCCGCCAGGGUGAGAAGCGGAGCCUCCAGCUCUCCGGCAAGGUCAACGCCAUGACUUUCACCUUUGACAACGUGCUCCCUGGAAAAUACAAAAUAAGCAUCAUGCAUGAGGAUUGGUGCUGGAAGAACAAGAGCCUGGAGGUGGAAGUGCUGGAGGAUGACGUGUCUGCAGUUGAGUUCAGGCAGACGGGCUACAUGCUGAGAUGUUCCCUGUCUCACGCCAUCACUCUGGGGCCCAGCAGGGAGCUCGUAUGCUGCUCAUGCCUGAAGCAGACGCUGCACAAGCUGGAGGCCAUGAUGCGCAUCCUGCAGGCAGAGACCACCGCGGGCACCGUGACGCCCACCGCCAUCGGAGACAGCAUCCUCAACAUCACAGCAACUACACCGUCUCCACCAAGGUGGCCUCGAUGGCGUUCCAGACACGGGCCGGCGCCCAGAUCCCCAUCGAGCGGCUGGCCUCAGAGCAUGCCAUCACCGUGAAGGUGCCCAACAACUCGGACUGGGCUGCCCGGGGCCACCGCAGCUCCGCCAACUCCGUUGUGGUCCAGCCCCAGGCCUCCGUCGGUGCUGUGGUCACCCUGGACAGCAGCAACCCUGCGGCCGUGCUGCAUCUGCAGCUCAACUAUACGCUGCUGGACGGCCGCUACCUGUCUGAGGAAUCCGAGCCCUACCUGGCAGUCUGUUUGCACUCGGAGCCCCGGCCCAAUGAGCACAACUGCUCGGCUAGCAGGAGGAUCCGCCCAGAGUCACUCCAGGGUGCCGACCACCGGCCCUACACCUUCUUCAUUUCCCCGGGGAGCAGAGACCCAGCAGGGAGUUACCAUCUGAACCUCUCCAGCCACUUCCGCUGGUCGGCGCUGGAGGUGUCCGUGGGCCUGUACACGUCCCUGUGCCAGUACUUCAGCGAGGAGGACGUGGUGUGGCGGACAGAGGGGCUGCUGCCCCUGGAGGAGACCUCGCCCCGCCAGGCCAUCUGCCUCACCUGCCACCUCACCGCCUUCGGCGCCAGCCUCUUCGUGCCCCCAAGCCAUGUCCGCUUUGUCUUUCCUGAGCCGACAGCGGAUGUAAACUACAUCGUCAUGCUGACAUGUGCUGUGUGCCUGGUGACCUACAUGGUCAUGGCCGCCAUCCUGCACAAGCUGGACCAGUUGGAUGCCAGCCGGGGCCGCGCCAUCCCCUUCUGUGGGCAGCGGGGCCGCUUCAAGUACGAGAUCCUCGUCAAGACAGGCUGGGGCCGGGGCUCAGGUACCACGGCCCACGUGGGCAUCAUGCUGUAUGGGGUGGACAGCCGGAGCAGCCACUGGCACCUGGACGGCGACAGAGCCUUCCACCGCAACAGCCUGGACAUCUUCCGGAUCGACCCGCACAGCCUGGGUAGCGUGUGGAAGAUCCGAGUGUGGCACGACAACAAAGGGCUCAGCCCUGCCUGGUUCCUGCAGCACAUCAUCGUCAGGGACCUGCAGACGGCACGCAGCCCCUUCUUCCUGGUCAAUGACUGGCUUUCGGUGGAGACGGAGGCCAACGGGGGCCUGGUGGAGAAGGAGUUGCUGGCCGCGAGCGACGCAGCCCUGUUGCGCUUCCGGCGCCUGCUGGUGGCUGAGCUGCAGCGCGGCUUCUUUGACAAGCACAUCUGGCUCUCCAUAUGGGACCGGCUGCCUCGUAGCUGUUUCACUCGCAUCCAGAGGGCCACCUGCUGCGUUCUCCUCAUCUGCCUCUUCCUGGGCGCCAACGCCGUGUGGUACGGGGCUGUUGGUGACUCUGCCUACAGCACGGGGCGUGUGUCCAGGCUGAGCCCGCUGAGCGUCGACACAGUCGCUGUUGGCCUGGUGUCCAGCGUGGUUGUCUAUCCCGUCUACCUGGCCAUCCUCUUUCUCUUCCGGAUGUCCCGGAGCAAGGUGGCUGGGAGCCCGAGCCCCACACCUGCCGGGCAGCAGGUGCUGGAUAUUGAAAGCUGCCUGGACUCGUCCAUGCUGGACAGCUCCUUCCUCACGUUCUCAGGCCUCCACGCUGAGGUUAUCAAUACUCUGGCUGACCUUCGUCAUCGUGGGACUGACUUUGGUGGAAGUCUUUGGUUACUUAUCAGUACUGUGUUUCUGAGAAGUUAUAAAUUUGCCAUCUCCCUCUGCACAAGUUACCUUUCUGUGUCUUUCCUGAAGACUCUCUUCCCGUCUCAAAAUGGACAUGAUGGAUCCACGGAUGUACAGCAGAGAGCCAGGAGGUCCAACCACCGUAGACAGGAAGGAAUUAAAAUUGUCCUGGAAGCCAUCUUUACUUUAUGGAGACAGGUGAAAACCAAAGUUCGAGCUAAAAUCCAUAAGAUGAAGGUGACAACAAAAGUCAACCGUCAUGACAAAAUCAAUGGAAAGAGGAAGACCACCAAAGAACAUCUGAGGAAACUAAGUAUGAAAGGACGUGAGCAUGCAGCAAAGGAGAGGCAGCUAUCAGAGGCAGAGGAAAAUGGGAAAUUGGAUAUGAAAGAAAUACAAACCUACAAGGAACUGUUUGAACGUGCGCAAGCGUUGCGGCGGCGGGCAGAGGACUACUACAAAUGCAAAAUCCCCCCUUCUGCAAGAAAGCCUCUUUGCAACUGGGUCAGAAUGGCGGCAGCGGAGCAUCGUCAUUCUUCAGGAUUGCCCUACCGGCCCUACCUCACAGCUGAAACUUUAAAAACCAGGAUGGGCCGCCAGCCACCUCCUCCAACUCAACAAUGUUCUAUAAAGGAUAACUCCCUGAGCCUCAAGACACCUCCCGAGUGUCCGCUCCAUCCCCUUCCACCCUCAGCGGAUGAUAAUCUCAAGAUACCUCCCGAGUGUCUCCUCACUCCUCUUCCACCCUCAGCUCCACCCUCAGCUCCACCCUCAGCGGAUAAUCUCAAGACACCUCCCGCAUGUGCGCUCUAUCCCCCUCCACCCUCAGCGGAUGAUAAUCUCAAGACACCUCCCGAGUGUCUGAUCACUCCGCUUCCACCCUGAGCGGAUGAUAAUCUCAAGAAACUAACAAAGAAUAAAUAAAUAAUAUAAAAAUAAAA